UAAGAGGCACAUGGGCUCGUUGGUCCACUUUGAGCUCAGCAAUGGGUGGACUUGAGGUCAUUUUGCAUGCAUUUGUAGGUCAUCUGUUGCUGGUUCAUGUCUCAGAAGCUGUCUUUUUCCAAAACAGCCUUCCUCUUCUGUAUGAAAUGAGCGAUGAUUUCGUCUGGUUCAAUACCAUCUUCAACCCCUGGAGAGCACGAACACCUGAAUUUGGCAUAUUCGCUAAGCUCUCUUCUGUCAUGAAGGUUCCCGCUGUGCAGGUUUACUGCGAUGAACGUGAACUCACGCUACUUGUGGACAAGAGAACGGGUGAUGCCACCUUCAGCCGAGAGGACAUCCGGUUGGGUGAUGGCUGCUACAGCAACAGUGAGCUACCAAGCCAACUGAUGUUCACAUAUGGAACUGAUCAGUGUGGAACAAGUCAUAAAGUGGAGAAGGGCCUGGAUGUGUUCUCCAAUUCUCUCCAUUUCAGUCCCGGCAAAGUCUUCAACAUGAGGCUCACGCCUUCUGCUGUGCAUGUCUCCUGCAUUCCAAAUAGGUCAAAAGAACCGAACUUGCCUGAUCAAACACUUGCUGAUAAAAGCAGACAAUUGAGCAUACAAGCAAUGGAUGCCUCGUGGACCAGUGCAGCAGAGUCGAAGAUCUAUAUGCGAGGCCAAAUCAUCAAUGUUCAGGUGUCUGCACAAAUCGGUCCUCAUCAGCAACUCUUUAUCCAGUCCUGCUUUGUCUCUUCAUCUCCGGAGUCUCACGCUAAACCCCGGCACGCAAUCAUAAUGAAUAAAGGAAUUGAUGCUAUUGCUCCUUGCAGGUGUGCAGCCACAUCUGGUUCUCCUUAUAUGGUCAUUACAUUUCUUGACUCUGAGUAUUCAGAAGUGAAGUUUGCGCUCAAUUCUACUGAUUUAAUUUCAGAGAUGUAUAUCCACUGUAGUGUGCUCAUCUCAGACAUUGGGAUAACAAGUGCCUCCAAAUCCUGCAACUUUGACUUGGUCAAUUCAAGAUGGGAGGAGCUAAGUGGCAAUGUGGAGGUGUGCCGUUGCUGUAGCUCAAAGUGUAAAGGCCUGUCCGUCAAGCACCAUCCUCUGGAUGCGAAGGCAGUUGUCAGCACUGGUCCGUUAUUCAUAGUGAAAAGAUCAGCGCCUUCUAUCCCAGAACCAGUCUUGGAUUCCAUGCAGUCAGAUGCUGCCGCACCAGAGGAAGAGCCUGUGAUUGACACUUCAGUUCCAAGUGAGUAUACGGAAUUCCAGUGGCCGUCUCCACCAGGCGCUGUUGCGGUUGUGAGGCGGGACCCGAUCUCCGGCCAGACGCUGGUGCUGCCUGCACGGAAGGAACAAGGCGAUACUGCAAGCGACAGCCCAUUGAACGAGCUCCAAAGUCCCAGCGUGGAGCGGCAGACGACGAGCCUUGACGAUAUCGAAGGUCAAAGUGCAAACUUGGCCCUGGGUAGGCCCCUGCGCACGGAGGUGCAAAAUAAACUGUGGCGUGACAACCAAAUUGGGAAACGCCAAGAGCGAGUCAAUGAUGCACAGCCAAUACGCCACUCUAAAAUUCAGCUGUCCAAAAAUGCUGAUGGCUCCCAAACUUUAAGUUAUGAGGAAGCAGUGGCAGCGCAAGAUGCAGAUGCUAUCGGAACCCAUGGAAUGGAUGAAGCGGCGUGUAAACGGAAGCGAGCAGGCAGAGAACUACGUUCUAUUUUUCUGCAUUUGUUGAGUUCCAGGUUGAUGGCUCAUGCGGAGUAACUGCAACUCUCCAGGUGUAUUAAAAAUAUUUGCCAUUCAA